AAAUCAGAAGAAAAAAAAAAUAUUCACAGAAGCAAUACAGACGUGAUAUCCAGCCGCUAGGGUUUCGGGAGAAGAUCAAAGAUCAAAUCGGAAUCUCCAAAGGAGGAGAGAUCGAUGAAGAGGCUACUUUACUUCUCCCUCUUCUGCAAAUCCGCGUCUUCCACUCGUUCACCUCGCCCACACGAUGCUGCUCUGUUCUUUGCCAUCUUACCUUACUCGGUCUCCGCCACCGCCGCCGGCGCCGCAUCCACCACUAGGGAGCACAUGUUCAUGGCCCAGUACCUCGUCGACUCAUGUGACUUCGACCAGGAGAAGGCCACCAAGGCCUCGAAGCUUCUCAAGGGCAUUCAAUCCCGGCAGCAGCCCGACUCCGUCCUUGCUUUCCUCAAAAGUUACGGCUUCGAUGACGAAUCAGUAAAAAAGCUCGUACAUUACUCCCCCAAAUGUCUUCUUUUGGACGCAGAGAAGACACUUGCCCCAAAGUUCCGAGCUUUCGAAGAUCUGGGUUUCUCCCCAUCCGACAUCGUCCACCUCGUCCGAUCGAAUCCCGAUACCAUCAAAAUCAAACACGAACGCACUGUCCCUAGGAUCAAAUUUUGGCAAGACCUCCUCGGGUCCAAGGAUGCGCUGGUGAAAUUGUUCAAGAGUAACCAUUGGUUUCUUGGGUACAGCAUCAAGGAGAAGAUCCAGCCCAACCUUGAGUUGCUUCGGGAAUGUGGUGUGGAUGGCCAAAAACUCGCCUUUAUCUUGCGCUUUCACGCAAUGUUCAUAACCCAGAAAGCUGAUACCUUGAAGUCGUUGAUCAGCCGCGUGGAGGACUUGGGAGUGCCACGAACAUCGGGGAUGUUCCAUUGCACUCUGUGUGCACUCUUUGUGGUCCACCCAAAGAAAUUCAAGAUGCUAAUGGAGAUGUUCCAGAGCUUUGAGUGGUCGGAGGGUGAUUGUGUUGCAGCAUUCCAAAAGUCUCCUUAUCUGCCGGGAAGGUCUUUGAAGACUUUGCAGAGAAAUAUGGAGUUCUUGAUAAAUGAGGCUGGAUUUGCUUCUUCUUACAUCGCUACACGUCCAGUACUAUUGCAAAUGAGCUUGGAGAAAAGGUUGAUUCCAAGACAUCGGAUAUUGGCAGCCUUGAAAUCUAGGGGACACUGUGAAAGUGAUUACAAAGUGGCAACAUACAUGCAGGUUUCCGAGAUCAAAUUUGUAGAGAAGUACAUUGUCGUCUAUAAGGACAGGUAUCCAGAUCUGAGUGAACUCUACGCAAGCUUGAAACACACAAAUGCUUCUGAUUCUGGACUUCAAUGAGUUCUUUUGGUUCACAAGCCAAACAAAGUGUUAGAAUGGCAAAUUGCAUUGGUGUACGGAGAAGAUUAGUGUCCGACACGACAAACACUCUUUCAUUAAGCAAUGUUUAAAUGUUUGGGAGAGUAAAUGGUGAUAGAAUUUCAUCAUGGUUUUCUAUUUCUCCAUGUUUUGCGUCUUAUAUUUGUAGACCUUUGUCAUGGAAUAUGGGAGGAUUGUUAGGGUUGUAGAAAAAGAAAGGGUAAUGUUAUGUUGGGAAAGUUGAUAGUUUUCAAGUAAACUGUGCUCUUCUUUA